CUGUUGGUUAAUCUAAAAUUUGACCUUACAUGACCCUAAUUCAUUAAAGAUGUCUGCGCCCAUGGAAAAUAUCCUGCUGGCUCUUAUUCUAUUUCUGAGCUCGUUUAUUGGUGUCAUAACUGAUGAAGAGUUUGAAGGAUUGAGAACAUUUACAUUAGAGCACAGUUUUGACACAGGUUGCACUCCAGUAUUUACAAAGAGGGGAACAAUAGCUGUAAGAUCUGUUAAAAGUAAUAGAGCACAUUUCUCACCAAAUGCACCACUGACCAUAGAGGAAAGAAACAAAUUGCAGGUUUUAGCCGAUAAUAAUGAAAUCUACAGACUUAGGAUUUCUGUGAGAAACACUGGUAAUUCUGAUGAAGAUUAUGUUACCUCUUAUACACCAGCAUGUGGAGUAUAUGAAUCAUCUCUCUCAGACCAUAUAUGGCUACAUUUUGACCAAUCAGGUGAACUUUUAGGAGUAUCCAUGGUUACAGAGCCAUCUGAAUGUCGUAAUAUAGAGGUGGAUAGUUCAGAUCUUAUGCAUUGGAAUACAACAGUAGAUAUUACUCAAACAGUUCAAGGACCACAACCUGAUACUCAAACUUACAUUGAGAAGUUGAAGAAAGAAGAAAGUGAGAAAAAGAAAGGACAACAGUCAGAUAACAGAUCCUUCUUUGCAAAAUAUUGGAUGUAUAUAGUACCCUUUGUGUUGGUGAUGAUGUUAGCAGGAGGGAAUUCAGAUGCACAAGGCGGAGGCGGAGGACGCUAACAUGCUGCUAAUAUUAUUUUUUUUCACCGUCAUAAUUUUUCAUAGUGAACAAAUUAUUUUUCUAAUAUUCUAGUGACAAAACCUUGAUUUUAAAUGCAAAACAUUUUCUUUAAAAAGUGUGAUACAAUGAGAUUGUUUAUAUAGUCUUUGUAUACCCAAGUCAUUUAUCCAAAUACAACAUCAAAAAUCAAUUAUAUGCAAACUCGAAAUUUUAUUUGGCUUCUUUAUUCUAAACUUGGAGAAGAAUAAAAUGUGAAAACUGUCACACAUUUUGCACAACGUUUCAGAUUGGUCCAUUCUUCGAUUUCGCGAAACCUGAAACUCUGCAAUAUAAUUACGAUAAAAGUACUUUAAAUUAUUCUAUUGUUCAUAUUUCUGUUACCCGUAUUUUCAUUUGAAUUGGCCGGAGAGAGUGCAUGGUUAGGAUGUAAUAGCCCGGUAUGCGUGUAUGGCCUUGUAAAGUAACUUUUUGAAAGAACGUUCCGGGUGUUCCCUUUUCCUUUAAAAAUGAUCUAUAAAUUAAAAUGUUGAUGUUGGCUUAGAAAGUUAUGUAAUGUCUACACUACGGUGAUUAUACUGAUAUAAAGUAGGUACGAAGAAACCUAACAAAAGUAAACGUGUUCAAUCGUUUCAUUAAUUUAUACCUCUAUCUAACAAUGAAAUGUAAAGAGGUUGAAGAGAUUUAUUAUGCAUGUGUAUGCUUGAGACGACUUUGUAUGAAUAUUUAAGGUGGUAGUCCUAGGUUAAGGGAAAUAACUCUUAAAAUCAUCAGUACGUUUGAGUCAGCCAUUUUUGUAAAUAUCUUCUAAGCUUCUAGGAUACAUAGAUUAUUUUCAAUCUGUUUCAGGUAAAUGCUUAAAAUACAUUAAUAAAACUUGACUAUUACAAACGCAUCACUGAAUUAAAGAGUUAUCUCCCUGGACCAAGGUCUACCCCCUUAAUGUCAAUCUUUGAAAGAAAUUCCAUUGUUUUUUGUCGUUUUUUACGAACUAUUGUAAUAAAAGAAUACAUAAAUGUA